AAAAAAAGGAGAUACAAGGCCAAAGGCAUUUGUUAACCGGUAACAACAAGCACCAUUCACCGGUACCAGCAAUUAUAAGGCCGACCAGCAGUACAGCAAUCAAAUCAUAAUGCCUCGCCCUAAAAAGACAGACCCCUCCAAGCAGCCUGCAGCUGUUGCACCCGCGCCAGCCAUGAUGCCUAUGGCCAUGCAGCCUAUGCCUGGCCAGAUUCCCGUUCAGCCUCAGCCUCUUGCUGCAGGUCCUGCAGUCCAACCUCAACGAACAAUUGGAAUUGAGGAAUUUAUUCGAGUUCGCGACAGUGUCCAUGCUCGGUUCAACACUAUCACAGGACUCAUGAAGAGUUUCUCAGAUGACUUUCUUCGUCAGACCAACCUCUUGAUUGGAGAGCCUGCUCCGUUUGACAAUGGUGGUGGCCAUAUGCAGAAUCUUAUCGCGAAUCUCGAUGGCAUGGCUCAACUGGCAGGAUUUGGCGAGCACGUUGAGGAGAAGAAGGAACGCAAGAAGCGUACUCACGAUCCCAAUGCUCCCAAGCGUCCCCUGACACCAUACUUCCUCUACAUGCAGACCGCCCGCCCCAUCAUUGCCAAUGACCUUGGGCAAGAUGCGCCGAAAGGUGCCGUCCAGGAAGAAGGUCAGCGCCGAUGGGCCUCGAUGACGCCGGCUGAGAAAAAUGCCUGGAAUAAUGCUUAUCAGUUCAACCUCCGCCUUUACAAUGCACGAGUCCACUCAUACAAGGCCGGCAACCCCGAUGCCCGAAAUAUGACUGAUCCCGAUGCCCUUUCGUACGCUGAUGCGAAUGGUAUCCCUCAGCCCGUCCUGUCAGGCGAGGAUGCUUACGCCCCUAAUGAUCAAGAUGCCAUUGCCGAACAACUUCAAAUGGCUGUAGCACCAGCGAUUGAGGAAACGCCCAAGACCAAGAACACUCGCAAGCGCAAGAGCACUGUUGCCGAAGUCGAGGAGCCUGACGUGAGCGCGGUUAAGAACGCGGCGCCAGCCAGCCCCGACAAGAAGCGCAAGAGAGCCUCUAAAGUGGCUGACACACCAGAGGAGCCCAAGAAGUCCAGCCGCAAGAAGAAGGCUACCUAGGUUGGUUCACUCUAUUCAUAGACGGCGGCUCCUCGUCUUCGUGUAUGAGAUUGCACUUGUAUUGCGGCUUAACGACUCGAGACGAAUCUUUACCACGCAGAAUAUGCAUGGUGAAGCUAUAGCCACAGAGGGAACAGGUAGUGGAAGGCGGGCAUGUUUCGAGGUGGAUAAGGACCGACUCGUUUUGAGCCGGCUUUUAAUGACAAUGCCAGCAUGGGGAUGAUGAGAGGCUAUUGCUGCUACUACUGCUCUUCUAACUACGACGACUGUUGGAAGGGAGGGAAGGACCCUCACCUU